CCGACCUGGCGCCACGCGUUUUGAACGCGGCGCCCCAAGAGCGCCUCUAGAAGCCGGCUGUACCUUAGCCAUGGCCGACAUGUCUAACAGGCCAGACGGGUCGGACACGACGGCACAAGCCCUUGUACAACUGGUCCCAGUGACGUCAGACUAUCACGACCAUUGGCAAGCCAUUUCUCACAUCUCGAAUCAAGUUGUGCUGUAUAAUCCAACCUCUCAUGCGCUCACAAUACAACACUCCUCGCGAGAAGCGUUGCACAUCUCUGCCUCGGCCUGUCCAUACUGCAAACGGCCGCUUCCAGACGAUGUCGAAUUACCGGAGGAGACUCUUAGCGAGGAUGGGUCAACAUUCAGAGCGCACAACUAUUUCCAGCUCCUCGCAGUCGCAAAUGAGACGUCUUCCCGGCCAUCUACUCCGACUUUACAUGGUCGCGAAGCAAGACCAAACGCCUUUGCAUCAGAGACCAUGGCAGAAGGCUAUUUCAAGGCUUUCUUCCAGGAAGAGUGUAGGCUGGGAAUGGGCGCUUCUGGGACAGUGUAUCUCUGCCAGCACGUUUUGGACGGGAACCCGCUCGGACAUUUCGCUGUGAAGAAGAUCGCAGUUGGAGAGUCUCACUCGUAUCUGCUCAACAUCCUCAAAGAAGUUCGGCUGUUGGAGCAGCUGCAGCAUCCCAACAUCAUAAGCUAUCAUCACGCGUGGCUUGAAACCUGUCAAUUCUCUGCUUUUGGCCCCCGAGUCCCAACACUGCAUGUGCUGAUGCAAUGGGCCGAGGGAGGCAGCCUGGACGAUUUCAUUGACGUUCGUUUGGGCAAGAGAUCCCCUCACGCGCAUAUCGAUCCCGCCGCGUUCACCAGCUCCAAUUCACCACCAGUGGAGGAUUCGGACACUCUUUCCCGCUCGGCUCGCAUCAGGGCCUUCCGGGAGUUCCAGAAAUUUUCUCCAGAACAACGUGAACGAAUCCGGGAAGAAUCAUUGCGUCACGGAACUCGGUCGACGACUUGGACCGCAGUCCAUCUUUUGAGCGCAGAAGAAGUCAAAAGUCUUUUUUCCGACGUUGUGGAGGGACUGGCGUUCUUGCACAAUAAAUCAAUUCUGCAUUUGGACCUCAAGCCAGGAAAUGUUCUUUUGACAUGGGACGAGGGAAGAUUGACUCCCCGAGCGAUGCUCUCUGACUUUGGUACUUCUCGGGAUAUGCUCAAAUCGUCCUCUCAGCGCUCUGGGAAUACUGGAACGCUUGAAUACUCCUCCCCAGAGUCAUUGCCUGCUCUCUUGACAGGCCGGUUGCAACCUGUUGAUUCGAAAUCCGACAUGUGGUCUCUCGGAAUGAUCUUGCAUAAGCUUCUGUUCUUGAAGUCGCCAUAUCUACAUGCCUCCGAUGAUGUCAUCAGAGACAGCAAUGUCGCAGAGGCAGAUAAGAUGGCCCGGCUUGAGAACGAGAUUCUCAAUUAUGCUGGUUUUCAAAGCGAUAAUGCACACACCAUCCAUUUCAGAACCCGUCAUCUGCCGCGUGCAUUUUUGAUUCUUCUUGAAACUCUUUUGCAUGUAAAGCCCUCGAACAGACCAUCCUGCGACCGUGUCGCUUUCGCUCUUCGUGAAGGCAAACUGGAUCCAGUGCCUUCGGCCACCGAGUCGAAUCUAAGCUCACUCAUACCAGCACCACAUCGCAGUGCGCCUCUCGAGCCUGAGGACAGUGAUGUUGCCAAGACUUCCAUUGACGAAGACCCUCCUCGUGUGAAUCCAAUCUUAAAGUCGCGACUGAUCUACUUGCGGACAUUCAAAUCCUGUCUUCUCAUAGCCAAGCUUCAUAUCUUUGUCUCAACUUCCUGGUCUGUGUCUAUGAAUCCGCUGGAGUAUGACGUAGGCUCGGACAUAUAUGCUCUGGCGACAGGGAAGAACGAUGAUGCGGCCGACUUGGUAGCUGUGGGGACUGACCAUUCAGUCACGGUCCUACUUCUUAGCCUAGAAAAUACACCCAGAGUGGUCGCGUCAUUCCAUGUUGGUGCGAAAAUAACUGCAUUGGCAUGGUCUCCUCGCUCUGUAUCUCCAUCAUUUAGUGACCAGUGGCUCUUGGAAAUUGCCGCCGCUAGCUCAGAUUUCGGCCUUCAUUUACUCACGAAAUCGGCAACGUCAGAAGAAGCGAUAUUCUCCUUCGGUGGAGGGCUCAGCGGGCAUCAUGGCCGAGUCAAUUGCAUGACUUUCUGUGGAGGGAGAGGAGAGGAUAGUACCCGAUACGUCGCAACGGUCUCAGACGACAAAAUGCUCAUGGUUUGGGACUUGUACCCGACAACGGAGACCUCAGGGCGUUUGUCGAGAUCGCCAGAAUCGCCAGGACUUUCAGAAGGCCGACUGCAACCCACUGCAUACGUUAUAUCAUUCCCCCAUUCAUUGGUGUCUGUUAGUUCCCAUCCAUCUUCAUCCAAGGAAUUCCUGGUCUCUGAUGUACGGGGAUCGUUGUUUUUAACCGAUUGGCGGUCUGAUCCAGAGGAUGAGUCUGAUGAGGGCUGGCGCAUUGUUGAUCUCGUUGAGCCGUAUGCGUUAGCCUCUACUGUCUCUGGGAGCUCUGUCGUCGGAGGCUGGGCAGCAUGGCGAAAUGACAAUCCAGACAUUAUCGGUGCCACAUAUGGCCCUCGAUACUCCUUAUGGGACAUCUCCAAGCUUCAGGGUGGCAAACCCAUCGGCGGAAGCAGUUUCCCCCAGAACGACCGGUUUCGAUGGUGCACGGUGAACCCUGAUUACUUUGCGACAUCGUCCCGCUCGCCUGGGAAAGGAGCUUUGAUCAAUGUGCAUAGUACUGUGUACUCCCUGCCCACCACUCUGACCCUUGCACCCCGACCUCAUUAUGUGCGAGAUUUUGACUGGAUGUCGAAGAGCGCCAACAUCGUAGCCGCAGUCGGCCGGAAAGUGAUAAUGACUGCUGUUCUUACUGAGGGAUAGCGCGUGGGGAUUACUAGUACAGAAGACAUUAUCGCUGUGAUUACAUGCACAAACUGCAGAUCUAUCGACGAAAGCAACACAAGGUUAGAGUCAAACAACAGGUCGAUGGCCGUAGGGCUGAGGAUGGACGUGAUAUGACAACUCGAAGUUAGGUUUGGAGUCAGCCGGACCACGGCUUUCGCCAAAGCCAAGUUCGAGGAACAUAUUUUUCCAAUAAUGAGCGUCCAAUUCGGACGCGUGGUGGAUCGAUGGAACAUAGGGGUCGGCAUGGUAGUUUGAUCCGUCCGGCGAAUACUCAUCCCUCGAGAAGCUGCUAAUGGGUGACGCUGUGAAGUGGUACGGCGGCGGCGCGCCGUGCGUUGGAGACACUUGCUGGGCAGGAUAGGAUGUGACUACGUCAUGUACAGAUCAAGGCUGCUCACAUAUGUGCUAUACUGACAAUGCACGCACCUUGUAACCUCGGAUCAAGCGGCAGAGGUUCGUAUCGGUCUGCUUCACUCCGUCUAGACUUGAAGAUGUCAUUGGCUAGGAGACUCCGGAGAAAGCGGGAGUGAUAGGCGGCAGAAGUCGAUGUCGAUGGGAAGCCUGCGGCUUCUGCAUAAGCAUCUGCAGUCUUUGAAAUGAGAGUGUGGAUCUCGUGAGCAGUCCCCUCAUGCAGCUCAGCCAGUGUAUUGGAGCUGCGCAAAAGCUAUUGGAUAGUCAGUCAGCUGAGAGACACGGGAAGGAUUGGACGAAUAUACUCUCAACAGAAACACGGCAGAGUAAGCUGACAUCACUGUUAUAGAAUCUUGGCCGUAUCGCUUUUUGAGUUUGUGAGAUGAGAUGCAGCAGCGUCGCACCACUUUACACUCACCAGCAUGCUCAUGGCCGGGAAGUCUUUUGAGACAAUGCGAAGCCCGUCCAAAGCACUGGUGCAGCACGCCGAUAAGGCUUGUAGACUGGGGCUAGCUCGACUCGACUGGGUUAUGGGGCGGAUAAGCUCCGGAUGUCGUGAAAUACUCAAGCUCCACUCACCGGAGAUAUCGAAUCCUGUAUCCCAAAACUGUUCAGGAAGAGGCGGACAUGCAAGCGGAAGAGAUUCAGAAAAGAGAAAUGGAAGGUUUCUCCGCCGGCUAGAUGGAAAUAAACAUCCAGCCAUCAGCAGAAUGAUGUAGAAAACAUGCCGCGCUUCAUUUCAUUGGACCAGGCAUCGGACCACUGUGUCAGUUUUCCGUUGCAAUUGCGUAGCACGACAUCGUAGUUGACAUCGUGGUGCGGUCCGUUGGAGAGACCCGGUCCCUUGGACGAAUAGAACAUGUCGGUGGUUUCAGACUAGGCCUGAUCAGUGGCGAAGUACGGCACAGUCAGCGCACUCACCGAUAGCCGCCUCAACUGCACAAAGGCAGCCACGAUCACAUCCUCGGGUCGAGGAGGAGCAGUGCCUUGCUCGUGCCACGUGAUUGCAUGCCGGACAAGGUCGUCCUCGGGAAGCAUCCAGCUGCGGCCAGUUUGGGUACUGAGACUGCGGUCGUGGAUAAACAACACAAGAUAUGUCCGUUCUCGGUUGCGGCGCUCUAGCUUGCUGAAUUCACUUUCAUUUGAUGGCGGUAUCGCCAGGUACCGAUUCAAGCCCAAUUCGACCGCCAUCCGACAUGCCUAAAGCGUGUCAGUACAUUGUCACCCGCGGGUCGACUUCGAGCUUACAUAUCCGAUGUACGUCCAUGUCCGCUGGAAAUGUGCAUCAGUCACAAUGAAGCUGAGAUGCUGCCCACUUACGUUGUCGUCGGGAUCCUUCCAAUACGUCAGGCAAGCGAAAGCUUGAACCACUUCGACACUUUUGAGUGCAUCCGCAAAGGCCCGAACAGCGAGCUCAUGGGCCAAUUUCUGACACGACUUGAAGAUCUCCGCUCGAAAGAACUUGGCCCCAGCCAUGAUCAAAGUCGUAAACAAAAAUGGGCAUUUCGACCGCACGUAUUGCACCGUGUGCAGGGCAGGGUCGAACAAGUUGAUGAAUGGAUUGAGGCGGAGAAACACGAGAUCGAAUAGGACUUUCGCCCCAUCUUCGUCUAGAAUCCCGGUGUUGAUGGGAUCGGAGUAUGAAGUUGGUCGGGUGGUGGCAGGUGGCGAGUAUGAAGGACGACUGGGUAACGCGACAACUGCAGAUGAGCUUUCGGUAGGAUUGAGAAUGGUUCGGAAGAAUGAAUUGCGCUGGUUCUCCUUGCGGAUGAGCUUGGCUGGGAAUAACGCGCGAUGCUCCGAGUCUGCUUCGUCGUCCUCGUCCAUAUCCAUGUCAGGCCGCGAAGAUCCAGCAUUUGCAUACUCUCCAGGCAAAGUGAUGGGUGGCAGCUCGUUAUUCGUAAAAUGUGUGUUCGGCGCCGCAUAUUCUCGUGGAUAUAUUUCGCGGCCAUCGGCGGGGAAACCCUGAUCGACGACCUGCGCUUUCAAUUUCGCACUGUGGAGCCCUCGCUCCAGACGUCGGAGCAUCUUCGAUGCCUCAG